ACCGAUAGACUCAGUUAUCUCAUCUCGACAAGCUCAAGUCUAGACUCUUUACUCAUCUUGCUGUGGCCUCGCUUUUGCCACCCAACAACUGUUGCUGGUUCUAUCUAACAGAGAAACCGUAAAGGAACAAGCACGCACGAGACAGUACAAGACGUUUCUGUAUACCCAAAAUCAGAAGAUUGUCAAGAUACGUAUAACUAGGGACUGAGAUGGUCUACAUCCAUUCAUGGCCUGAGUAUCAGAGUGCUGUGGAGGCGUUGUACGAGCAGGCUCCCGAACGUACACGUUACUGCGUCAAGUGGAAACCGUCAGAGGGGAAGCUAGUGUUGAAAAUAACAGACGACGUAACAUGUCUAAAAUACAAAACCCACUCGUCGAUAUACCUAAACAGGUUCGAGGCGCUGAACUAUUCGAUGAUGCGUCGGAUGCAGAACGUUUCUUCAAGCGGUUCGCCGGGUCCGGGUACUACUACUACUACUACUGCGGGUAAAGUUCAAGAACGUCUAGGUGGGGAAGGAGAGCGGGAAGCGUCGCGAUCGGGUACGCCUGUGCCUGGGGGUAUUAUUAGUAGUGGUGGUACAGGUGGUGCAGGUGGUGUAGGGGUGGGUGUGGCUAAUAAUAACGGUGGUGUGAGUGGGGGUGGGGUUAAGAAGAAGAAAGGGAAGAAGAAGAAAUAGUAGUAGCAUCUACGAAUAGAUGAGCGAGAGGGGGUGUACUUUGUAACGGUGUAGAGAUUAGGUAUUUGAGACUGG